AGUGACUUUGCAUAUGGCGUAUUUGUUGAUGAUUGUUCUCUAAAAUUCAAUCUUUUUCGUUGAGUGAGAUUGUAUGGUCAUUGGAACGUCAAAAAGUUAUCAAAUUAAUUUCAGAGUGCUGUGCCGGUUUGGUGGAAUUUGUUGUGUGUUGUGACUAUGGUUUCAAUCUGCAGAUGAUACAAGGUCCAUUGAUGGAGGAUGUCUGGAGCCGUGGUUACUCCUGUCUUCCAGCACCUGCUGUGGGCAGAGACUGAUUAGUUCCUCCCCUCCACGACUGUGCAAUGAACAACAUGGGCUCGUCCGAUGAGGAAGACAUUUUGCUCCUAGACCCGGAAGACCUGAGGAACUUAGCUCUCAAUAGGCGUUCACUCACUUCUCGGCUGCUCUCUAUCCCAACCAGUAUCCUGGUAUUAUUUAAGGUGAUUCUGAGGAUUUUGUUUGUACUGCUCAACAACAUCUACUGUAUUCCCACAUACGCAGUGUGGAUGGUUAUCCUUGCACCUCUGAAGCGAUACCAUCCUGAGCUCUACUGGAGGAUUGAGGGCACAUUCUUCCAUUGGCUGCUGGCCAUGGUGUCUAUGUGGAGCUGGUCCGCCGGUUAUGACAUCGUGGAGGUGGGUGAUGAUAUACGCCGAUGUACGGAGGACCGCACGCUGGUCAUUGCUAACCACCAAUCGACUGCUGAUGUGCCCAUGUUGAUGGCAACAUUCAACCCCCGAGCCAAUGUUCUGCCCAACAUUAUGUGGAUCAUGGAUCGUGUUUUUAAAUUCACAAACUUUGGCUUUGUUUCCGUCAUUCAUGAAGAUUUCUUUAUUCUCUCUGGGAGACAUCACAGAGACACAGCCGUUUUAAAGCUGAAAAAGCACAUCAGAGAUUCAUACAUUCCAUUGAACAGAAAGCUCAUGGUAUUGUUUCCUGAAGGGGGUUUCCUGAGAAAGCGAAGAGAAGUUAGCCAAAGAUAUGCCUUAAAAAACAACCUGCCGGUGCUGAACCAUGUGUCACUGCCGAGGAUGGGAGCCAUGCAGGGUAUUGUGGACGUCUGCGGCUGCCAGAGCGACCAGGUGUCGCCCAACAACAACACUGAUGUGAAAAGCAGUGGUGAUGAUAACUCUGUAUCUAAUGAGAUCAGUCCUCCACCUGAAGAUAUGUCUGCAGUUGCUCCAUCCAACACUAACUUUUCUCAGGAGAACACACCCAUUGAUAAAACUUCUGAGAUCACUCCAAUUACAACUAAUCCACCUAAGGACUUAGAAGUGAAAGCGGACUACCAGCUGCGAUGGGUGCUAGACAUAACGAUAGCGUACCCUGAGGGGAAGCCUCUAGACUUGCCAACCAUUAUCACUGGCUGGAGAAAACCUUGUCAAACGUUCAUGUUCUAUAGACUCUACCCUGGAUCUCAAAUCCCGACUGACACGGAGGAGUUGACCAAGUGGCUUAUCACCCGAUGGCAAGAAAAGGAACAGAUCCUGUCUACGUUCUACAGCACAGGACAGAUCCCUGUCUCAGAAUACUGCUCCAGUCCUAUUCCCCCGCAGACUGUCCUUCAGGACCCUCUCAGAUUCUUCCUCCUUCACGUCUUCUUCCUCACUUCCUCCUAUCUGCACUUCCGCAUCUUUACAUUCCUUCUCGCCACUAUUUGGUAGAACCAUGUGACUGCCAGUGCGGGUAAUGUUAAGUUUCGCCAAUGCAAAUGAGGGCUCGUUUGGUUACCUUACUUAUGCAAGUGAUUGUGCGUCAGACAUUUGUUGAAGACCCACCUGCUCGAUACGCCUUGUACUAUUAAUGCAGAAACUGAAAUCAAACAUUCUAUGAUAAUUUAUACAUUUAUAAAGCUGUGUAGUUUUGUGCUUAUGACUUGAAGUUUUGGGUUUUAAAUAUUUACAAUUGAAUUAUAUUGAGUUCUCUUAGAAUCUCAUUUUUAUCACUUUAUUCAUCAUCAAACUGGUUGCUACAAUUGUAGUCAGAAAAAUGUAAUGGAAUAUCAUUCUUAUUGACUACACGUUUUUGUCUAUUUAAAUUGCACCUAAGUUUUACCGUUGUAGAUAUAUUUUACCUUGUUAAAGCAUCUCGCAAAAACAUGCUCACCUAAGAUCAAGACCUCACAUAGUUUGUUGUUUGUGUUUUUUGUAUUACCAGUAAACUUCAGCAAUUGACACAAAUUUCAAUAAAUUAAGAGUUUUUUUAAUGUUUCUUGGUGAAAUAUAACUACAGUGAUUAAUAUUAAAUGUAUAACUGAACUGGUAAAUAUAGCAUUUAAAUCGUAAUUUUAUAUAAUCAAGUUUGUUUUAAGUGUAAAUGUAGUGGAUAGUGAUUUGUAUACUGUAGUGAGGAUCGUUGGGUUUUGAAUAUGGUUGUAAUUCAGUAUAAUUUUGUAUUUAAUGUAUAUAAGUCAUAUUUUUUUUACAGAAUUUGUUUUGUAAAAAUAUAUAUUUCUAGAUAAUGUACAGAGUAUUUUUAACUAGUAAUUCAUUUUGAAUUAUUCCAAUGUUUCUAUAUAUUUCCUUUAGUUAAUUUCACUUUCCAUGAAAUCUGUUUUCACAUUAUUUGUUUUUUAUUGUUAUUAAUGUUUUACAAAUUUAUAAAUUUCAAUCAUGCUUCCUCUUAGUAAGAGAAUUAUUUUUGUAUUAUGCCUAUAGAGUUUAAAUGUAGCUGUGUUCAUUAGAGUGGACUUCCUAUUUUUAUUCUUGAUGUGUAACUACUUUCUGAAACUAAUAUUUUCGUCAACGAUGAUUUAAUUUUCUGAUUGCUUUUUCCUGAAGAAAGAAAAAUGUGUGCACUAACCAAAGUUAUACAUAGUAAUGGGGGCUGUAAGAAAUCUGGUUUUACGUUAUUGAGGGAAUUUUUUAAUUGGAUGUAUUUACUUUGUGUUGUAGAGUUUAAAAGCCCACCAGUACAGUGAACUGUAAUAUGUAUAUAACCAACCACAACUAUUGGGGUCGGUCACUGCAACUGAAGCUGAGGUCAGUAAGACACAAACAGUGAAACACAUUUUUGGGACAAACAGUCCCUCGUGUAAUAAGCAUGUCUGUUGGUUAUAAGAGCAAGAUUAAAGUUGAUUGCUCAAGUUUUGAAUGAAUCAAAAUAUAGGGAGUGAGUAUAAUAUUACCUGAAAUCACUUUCUGUAGAUUUCUUAUUAACGUCCUGUUUAACUGAAAUGGGAGGAGACUCCAAUGUGGGAAAAUUGAUUUUAGAUUGGCAAAUAAAAUUAAUGUUUUUAUUAAACAGUUCCAAUAAAACUUAUGUACUUUUAACCAUUCUGUCCCUAAUUAUGGUAACUUUAAUUUCCAAAAAAACAAUUGAAAUGAGACCCAUUAACAUUUCAAUGAAAUAAUAAUGUAUUGUGGGUGCCUAACAUUAUAAUUAUUGAUUAAAUUUAUUAAGAGAGUUGGUGGCCUCACCGUUGGACUUGAUCUGAGUUAAAGGGAACACAGUCUCAAAUUCUACCCUCUGUGACCGUAGCUUUCAUCACCAGUAUUGUCGAACUUGUCCUUUACCUACUGUCCUCCUUAUUCUGUUUGAUAAGAUCUUUUCACUGGCCAGUGGUCUAGAAAGAAAUAUGGAAUAAGGCUUAGAAAGGGGAUUUGCAUACGCUUAAAUAAGUAAAAUAUGUUGAAAUAAAAAUAAAACAUUGUGUUGGCCAUUUUUACUUGAAAGUUUCCAAUUUAGGUGCCAGAUACUGGGAUUUUUUUAGAUGGGUUUCCCCACUACCAUUUUUGAAAAAUUUGAGUAUUUUUGGAAAUUACUGAAAGCAAUUUCAAUUAAUGUUAUGGCCAUUUCCUAAAACAAUUUAAAUAAUUUGAAUUAUUUUUUUGGAAAGAAGAGGGUUUUGAAAUUUCCCUGUUCCUAAUUUAUGUGAUAAAGAAUAGAUCCCAUCAAGUUCACAUAUUUAACAGUUUUUUAUGGAUGGCUUGAAAGGAUAGAAUUUCAGAUCUUUGCCAUUGUUUCAUUGUUAUAUGUUACACACACUUAUAUACAACACAGUGUAUACAUAAAUACUUGUUCUUGUAACAAUGUCAAAUGUCUGAUGUCAAAUGUCUGAAAGCUUUUCCAGUUCAGAGUUUCAAAAUUGUAUGUACAUCCUUAACUUGCUUAAAACUGCACACUGUCAAACAAACAAAAAUAAUUGGAACUAACAAUGAAUAAUAAUCACUCUUGAUUUAUCCUAGGAAUUUAUAUUUUGAUAUGGUUAGAUACAAGGGUUAAAUUUAAAUUAACAGAUCAAAAGCAAAAGCUCUUUCUUUAGGGUUUGAUUUGGUCUCAUUAUAUUGUCAGUAGAUCGUAACAAUCUGUUGGUAUAUAUUUUGACUCUUAGUUUUAUUUAUCUAAUAUUGGAGGGGCAUUGUGGGUAGGAAAUUGAAGCUUGUUUGAAAGUGACUAGGUUAACAUAAUGUUAAUAUAAUGUAGAUUGUAUAAGUUAGGUGAUAUUUUGCAGGUUGAAUGAAUAGAUUGUGAUAUAAUAAUAAAAUCUCAACUAUGAAGAUCAAAGGCCUUAAUAUUAAAUUAUUUAGUUAUGUGCUUUUAAUUUCUUUUGCAUAAUAUUUAUUUUAAUAAUUAACAAUGAUCAGCUGGGUGUUUUGAUCAGCUGAGUCUAUUUUGUUUUCGACGCAAGAUAUAUAAUUUUUAUGAAUAUUACAAUUUUUUAACUGAGAGGUGUCCUGAAAUACAGCUCAAAACACAAGUCUUUUUAUAUGACUUAGUGUGACACGUAUUCUUCAAAAAAAUAUAAUUUAGUAGUUUUUUAUUAUUGAGUUUAUUAUAACACGUAAAUACCUACUCUUAAAAUUCCAAAUAUGUUUUUCCAAUUUACUUUUAGUAAUUAAUACAAGUUUAAAAAUUAUAUUUUAAUAAUACUGAUUUCAUUCUUCAAAUUAAAUUUUGGAUUCUAACAAGUAAUUUCUGUAUACAUUUGGAAAUAACAUUGGAUAGCUGUAAAUAAGAUAAAAUAAACGACUUAAAACAUA